AUGCGGCGAGGAUCGAGGCCCUUGUCGCCACACGUUUCCUCCCCAAUUCCUUCCUCCUUUUCGUGCUGCCGCAUAAGAGUUCUCGUUGAGUUUAGGCCCUGUGCGAUUCCCAAUGAUUUCUGGACCGAAACCAUCGUCUCCCGUCACCAAAUCGAAAGCACAGAAACUCUGAUUGUGACCAAUUCUCCGGCAUCUGAAGCAAACCGUUUUGAUGUUUUCAUAUUUGAGGGAUACCCAGAACGGAUCUCCCAACGAACCAUCUGCAUUCCUCUUUCUGGCUUCAAGACUUACCUAAGAUUUCCAUGGAGGCCGCUCAUUUCAAUUGUUGGAGCCACCGUCUAUGAACUGAAUGAAGACUUCAAAAUUGUUAGGCAUACAGAGAGCUGGAAUGUCUCUGCACUUGAAGCAGUUGGGCAGAUAUUCACUCCUAGCUUUGACAGAAGACCCGGUGAACAAUAA